CAAUAGUAACUUUGCAAGUGUGGCAUCACAAUCGCGAAGCAUCAUUUAACAAUAUUUUCUUAGUAAAAAUAAAUAAAAAACAAUACUUGAUAUAAUAAUACCUAUAAUAAGUAAUUAAUGAUAAUUAAAUUUUUUUUGUUAAUUAAUAAUUAUUAUAAUUACAAAUAAAAUAAUUAGAUUUUUGUUGUAAAAUUUUUAAAAGUGCUUCGGGGGCCGUGGGGCGGGUGUACGACAGCCCAGGGCCCACUUGAAUUUAUAUUUUUAUAUAUUUUCUAUAUAUCAAGAAAAUACACCUGAAAUUUACUAUCAAAAAGUUCAAAGGAUUAUCAUUAUGUCAAGUUAGACAUUUAUAAAUAUUGUUUUUUUUUUUUUUUUUUUUUUUUUUGUUUGGAGUGUUGGUGGAAAAAGCGGAGUGAAAAAAGAAAAGUCUCGAGAGAUUUAUAAGUGGGGGAAUCAACAAAACAAGAAAAAAAAAAAAUUCAAGUUUAUGAGUGAUAUAUUAUUUUAUUUAUUUACUUUUUUUUUUUUCUAAUGUUUUUGUGUUAGUAACUCGUGAUAAUAACAAGAUACAUUUAAUAAUAGAAAAAAAAUAUUUAAAAAAUAGUGAUCAACAUUGUAAAAUAACAAUCAACAAUUGACAGGAUUGUUGGCGAUAAAAUAUUCGUGAUGUAUUGGAGAUACGACAAUUUACCCUCAAUAAUACAUGAAACAAGUGUGUUGACGAAAAGAUUUGUGUGACGAAACAUUAAACGAAAGUGCGUGAAAGGACAAUAACUCAAUUUUAACAUACAUAUGUAUGUAUAUGUAUGUAUGUAUAUGUACAUAUGUAUCGACAUAUUUGUACAUUAAUUUUAACAUAAAUAAAUAGUGGACUUGUUUUACAAAAAACAUAUUUUUUUUUUUUUUUUUUUUUUUUUUUUUUUAUUUUAUUUUUAGUUUAUUUAUUAUUUUUUUAUAAUUUAUAAUUUUUAUUUUUUUAUUUUUUAAAUAAUAGAUAAAGUGAGAGUGUGAGAUAACAUAAACAAAGGAAUAGAAAUAUAUUUAAAAAAAAAAUAGUUGAAUAGUUGAAAUAAUAACUCAAUAGUGAGAUAAAUAAUAAUAAAAUUGAGGGUUGUUUGACCGAUGGAUAAACGUAAGAUGCUAACUAAACGCCCACGUAUGGAUACAAUCAGGGGCCCAAUUGCAAAUGGGCCCAUUCAAAGCCGACCACUCGUUGCAUUACUCGAUGGACGUGAUUGCUCCAUUGAAAUGCCAAUUUUAAAAGAUGUUGCAACAGUUGCAUUUUGUGAUGCACAAUCUACAUCUGAAAUUCAUGAAAAGGUAUUGAACGAAGCAGUUGGAGCACUAAUGUGGCACACAAUUAUUCUAACAAAAGAAGAUCUCGAAAAAUUUAAAACAUUAAGAAUCAUUGUACGAAUUGGUUCAGGAGUUGAUAAUAUUGAUGUUAAAGCUGCUGGUGAACUUGGUAUUGCUGUGUGUAAUGUGCCUGGUUAUGGAGUUGAAGAAGUUGCUGAUACAACACUUUGUCUUAUUUUGAAUCUUUAUCGACGUACAUAUUGGCUUGCCAAUAUGGUAAGGGAUGGAAAAAAAUUUACUGGACCUGAACAGGUACGAGAAGCAGCACAAGGAUGUGCCAGAAUACGAGGUGAUACACUAGGUAUUGUAGGAUUAGGCAGGAUUGGUUCAGCAGUUGCACUCAGAGCAAAAGCAUUUGGUUUUAUUGUUAUGUUCUAUGAUCCUUAUUUACCUGAUGGAAUUGAAAAAUCAUUGGGUCUUACACGUGUUUAUACUCUUCAAGAUUUGCUUUAUCAAUCUGAUUGUGUAUCACUACAUUGCACAUUAAAUGAACAUAAUCAUCAUUUAAUCAAUGAAUUUACCAUUAAACAAAUGAGACCAGGUGCAUUUUUAGUAAAUACAGCACGUGGUGGUCUUGUUGAUGAUGAUGCACUUGCGUCUGCACUUAAACAAGGUAGAAUUAGAGCAGCAGCACUUGAUGUCCAUGAAAAUGAGCCAUACAAUGUAUUUCAAGGUCAAUCAAAUGCCCAAUGUCCGUUAAAAGAUGCACCAAAUCUAUUAUGUACACCACAUGCAGCUUUCUACAGUGAUGCAAGUUGUUCUGAAUUACGUGAAAUGGCAGCAAGUGAAAUACGAAGAGCAAUUGUUGGACGUAUUCCUGAUUGUUUAAGAAAUUGUGUUAACAAAGAAUACUUUCAUUCUUCAACCGGAAGUUAUCCAGAGGCAAUAAAUGGUGGUUAUUAUGCUGGAGCAUUACCAAUCCAACAAGCACACUCAACGACACCUCACGAUUCAACAGUUCCACCACCAGGUGGUCAUUCGUUGGUUGCCGGUAGUGGUGGUCCAAAUUCAUCAGCAAGUGGUGGUGGUGGACCAACUGGACCACCUGGACCAGUAGUUGGUGGAGGUGGUGGAGGCGGUGGUGGUGCAACAUCAGCUCCUCCAUCAGCCGGUUUGCCUGGUCUACCACAUAGGAAAUAUCGUAACGAUAAUAAAAAAAAAAACAUUUUUUAAUUAUUAUUUACAUCUACUUUUGAAAAUGUCAAGUGCAUUUAUAAUUUAGGAACAAAUCGAUCAAUGACAAAGAAGAAAAUAAAUUUAAACAAAAUGUAAAAGAAAAAAAAAA